AUGGGGGAUGAUCGGAAUACAUCUCAACCUUCUGCCGCCGCCGCUCUGCUCACCUCCGGUCAAGAUGUUCAGGACCAUGCCUGGAUGUUGGUGGAUUCACGCCAAAGUGAGGUCCGCCGCAAUAUAUAUUUGAUCAAGAAAUAUAUGCGCGAACUGUACGACAGAACGGAGAUAGAUAAAUCUCUGGGCAAACUGGGCAACAUAUCGAAGAUGGAGAAAUCUCUAGCCCAACUGGUCGAUUUGACGAAAUCAAUGUUGGAGCAGAUUCGCUCACUACAACCCACGGUGCAUAAGGCCGUUAAUCCUUACCCAAGGUUCUAUGAGGGUGAGGAGUAUGAAAUUAUUCACAUGAAGGCUGCACAUAUUUUCAACCGCUCCAAAUUAUACAUCCUUGCACAGAGCGGUGGAUAUAUUAUUGACACGAAGACUAUGUCAAGAUGUUCAUCUUUUCCUCUUCCCCCUAGCCUAUAAAUCAAUACAGAAUGUUGUAUCUGCGUAUGACAAGCUGUAUUGUCUUGCAAUCCGAUCAUCCUUCAACUCUAUUACUGACCCCUCAUUCAAGAGAUAUGAUCCUGAUAAGAAUGUCUGGGAGGAAAUGCCUUCUUAUCAAUUUUAUAAUCCUACGUUUAUAACUGGUUAUGCUGUUUGUUAUGGCAUUAUUUUGUUUUCAUUGUGUG